CCUUGUGAAUCUAACAACGAAACCCCAAAGCCUGUCCGCCAUCGUCAUCGACUUCACAAUUCGCGCUACAAUGUCCUUGUUUCGGUCAAGGUUUCUCUCCAUCCCCUCUUUAUUUAUGCGCUACCAUUCUCACUCCCCGCGCCCUUUCUCUCACGAAGCUGUAAACGCCGUUUCCUCAUUCCAUAACAUGCUCAGUAUGCGCCCUGCCCCUCCCAUAACCCAAUUUAACAAUAUUUUGGGUUCUCUUGUGAGGAUGAAUCAUUACCCCACAGCUGUUUCCCUUUCUCAACAAUUGGAGCUCAAAGGAAUUGCACCUGAUAUUGCUACUUUGACCAUCCUGAUCAAUUGUUUCUGUCACCUGGGUAGAAUGAACUAUGCCUUCUCUGUACUAGGCAAAAUUCUCAAGAGGGCUUAUCAGCCUGACACCACAGCCUUGACUACACUUAUGAAGGGUCUCUGUCUUAAUGGCGAGAUCAGGAGCGCAAUUAACUUUCAUGAUGAUGUGAAAGCCAAGGGAUUUCAAUUUCAGGUAGACCGUGUUAGUGUUACUUACAGAUUCUUGAUCAAUGAGUUAUGUGAAGUAGGAGAAACAGGGGCUGCGCUACAGCUGUUGAGGCAAAUUGAGGAGGAGCAUACUGAUGUACAAAUGUACAAUACAAUCAUUAAAAGCAUGUGCGAAGAUAAAUGUGUAAGUGAUGCGUAUGAUUUAUAUAAUGAAAUGCUUCUCAAGAGAAUUUCUCCAGAUGUUUUCACUUACAAUACUCUAAUCUAUGGCUUUUGCGCUGGGGGUCAAUUGCGAAAAGCUGUUGGUUUCUUCAAUGUGAUGAAAAUGGAAAACAUCAAACCAGAUGUUUCAACAUUUGAUCCAUUGAUUCAUGCCUUGUGCAAGGAACGAAAGGUGAAACAAGCUAACUCUGUCGUAGCUGCAAUGAUAAAAGCAAGUGUGGAACCGAAUGUCUUUAUUUAUAAUACCUUGAUAGAUGGAUACUGCCUAAUUAAUCAAAUGACCAAGGCGAGAUUUUUGUCCCACACUAUGGCUACAAGAGGAGUGACUCCGGAUGUUCACACAUACAAUAUCAUGAUUAGUUGGCUAUGUACGUCAAACAUGAUGGAUGAAGCUAUGAGUCUUUUUCAUUAUAUGGAUCUUAAAGACAUCAAACCUGAUGCAGAAACAUACAGUAUUCUUAUUGAAGGGUGGCUCAAUUUACCGCAUUACAUGCAUGCUAUCAACCUUCUGGCAGAGAUGUGCUCUAAUGGAAUCGCUUACACUUCCAAAUUAGAUGCUAUAUGCAAUGAUUAUAAUUUUGAUGACGAAAUUGAAAAAUUUAUGCGAUAUAAAGAGACAGGAGGAGAUGCAGAUUUUUUGAUAGCUUCGCAUAUAGUCUUGCGCAAUCCAUCUUUUAAAGCUACAGGUUUUGGGACUUAUUCUUUGGAUUGGUAGAGGUCUACUUGAAGAGUAAAAUUAGGUUUGCAUAUUGUGAGCUAGGAAGUUUGGGGAAUCUUCAUAACAUAAAGAUGGAAAACAAAUUCCACCGUUAAUGCUUUCGUUGAGUAUCUUUGAAAACUUUCGUUGAGUAAGUUUGAAAACUGUUUUAGAUUUUUAUCAAGGUUUUAAUUUGUGGACCUUUUCAUUAGUUUUCUUCAACUAACGGUGGCUAGUUGUAUAUUAAAUGUGGUUUAUUUAUAAGAGGAUCUAAACUUACAUUUAUGUCUUGCACCCAUGACAACAAAGCCCCUAUACUUCCCUCAUCUCUCUGGUGUGUCCACCAUCCUCUUCUCCACCCGCGUCUCAACCACCGAUUAGAAACCAUUGAUGGGUAAUAUACCCAGAUCUCCCUCAUCCCUCUUCAACUUUGCCAGCAAAUCACACCACCGCUGCGACGGCCGCAGAGUUCCAGAGCGGGUGGCCACCCCUGGCAUGAAAAAUAGACACUUGCAAAAAGAAAAUUCGAAAUUUAUUGUCUCCCAUCUGGUUAAACAAAAGGAAAUAUAAAAUUGAAAAUUAGCAGGAUUGCAGGCAACCCACUUGAAUAGCAGAAUCAAGAGACUUUUUUAUAUAAAUUGGCAUGAAAGAUGAAUAUUUGCUUCAAAGGAAGAACCUGAUCUCGUGAAGAAGAACAAGAUCUCGUGGUUUCGGCGAGUCUACGAGCGGCGGCGAGCCGGGGUUGGGCCUUCUUGCGACUACCCCUGUAGCAACGGCAAAUCAGAUUGAUCUACCAAAAUUGUUUCAUGCACGGAGAAGAAGGUUCCCGAAGACGCUUCCAUCACCGCCAUCGAGCCAACAACGACGACACGACGGUGACAAUGCUAACGUCUUCCAGCUUCUCCUCCUGGCUGGUUUACCUCUCCAGCCACAAACGAGGCGGUCUAGAUCUGUGCGAAGUCAGGUAGAACCGUCGGGCACGUGAGCGAGUUCAUCGGUCUCCUCCUCCAGCCAUCGAAGAGGUGGUGAGUUCAGCGACUCUACCUCUCCAGCCACUGACAAGGCGUUCAGAUCUGGGCGAAGUCCGGUAGUCAUUGGUCGGACGUGGCUGCUUCACGGAGAUUACAGCGCCGCAAAAAAUGCAGCAAAAGGGAGAAAGGCGAGGCAGUGAGAAUGAAAAUGUAAAGGGUGUUGUCGUAAUUUUUGCUCUUGCAUUGUAACAUCCCCAAUUUCACCUACUUAACUACUCCCUCCGUUCCUAAAUAUAAGACCUAUUCCAAAAAAUUGCGCUUAUUAAGAAAGCACUUAAUGUGACUAAUUAGUGUAUUGGUU